AUGAAGAGGAAUCUUGACUCAUUCUUGAAAGAGCAAUAUCCACUGGCUUCCGACCCAAACUCCUUCUCUGCCACGCCACCCUCUCGGAUACUCAGACGGAAAUACCUUAUGGCGACUGCUACCAUCCAGCUCACUCCCAAGGAGGAACAGCUUCGCCGUCUUCUUCUCGAUGUAGCCAGAUCCAUUGACGAUUCCCGCCAAGCUUCCGAGCCUAUUGUCCUCCGAUGGGCUGGUGGUUGGGUGCGCGAUAAGCUUCUCAACAUUCAGAGUCAUGAUAUCGACGUCGCAAUCAACGCCAUGACUGGUGUUCCCUUUGCUCAGGCCAUGUGCGAUUAUUGCGAGCAGCCAGAUGCCAUGGCCAAACACAGCAUUGGGCCUGCAGAUAUCGGAAGUCUUCACAACGUUGCCCGCAACCCAGAAAAGUCAAAGCACCUUGAGACGGCCAUGGUGAAGAUAUUCGGACUGGACCUUGAUUUUGUCAAUCUUCGAAAAGAGACAUAUACUGAGGACAGCCGUAACCCUCAGAUGGAGUUUGGCACAGCAGAAGAAGAUGCGCGCCGUCGUGAUGCGACUGUGAAUGCACUCUUUUACAACCUACAUGAUGAUCGUGUUGAGGACUUUACAGGAGGACUUGCCGAUAUGGAUGCCAAGAUUAUGAGAACCCCUUUGGAGCCUUUCCAGACCUUUAUGGAUGACCCUCUACGAGUCUUGCGGCUCGUCCGCUUCGCCAGUCGACUUCAGUUCGAAAUUGAACCUGAGACACGCAAGUUCAUGGCGGAUCCAAAGGUCUUGGAGGCAUUGCGUGUCAAGAUCAGCCGAGAACGGGUUGGUGUAGAGUAUGAAAAGAUGUUGAAAGGAGCCCACCCACAUGAAUCACUUGAAUUAAUCGACGAGCUGCAGCUCUUCCACGCCAUCUUCACAGACCCUGAACACAAGAACCUCCCGACUCCAGAGAUCUCGCGGUGGAGCGUUGCAUACACUUGCCUUGACGAGCUCCUGAAGGAUCAAUCACCAACUUCUGUGGCUGGGCGUCUUAUUACUCCCGAAGAUGCCUCUUCUCCUUUUUAUGCAUGGAACCUUGCUGCUUUGACUCCCUGGAUGAUAGUCGAAGAGCCCUCAAACUUUCGCAAGAAGCCAAGUGCAUAUCCACCCGUAGCUGUCGUCGCUCGGGAAGGCUUCAGAGCUCCAAACAGGCUGGCAGAUGUUGUUGCUGCGUCCUACCGUCAUCGAGAAGCAAUUUUGGAACUGAAAGAGGCUGUCUGUAGCAAAGCUCCAUAUAUCGACGGGCGGGACCGUUUUGGUAUGGCCAUCCGCAAAUGGGAUUCUCCAAAAGAUACUUGGCGACUGCAAGUCCUCAACGCCCUGCUGGUUGAUGCCCUGGAAACACUUCCAACAUGGAGCCGCGAAGGAUCAAAAGAGCAAAGCGACUUCUUAGCAGGCUGGGAAAAGUUCCUCGAUCACCUCACCAAGCUGGAUCUUUACGAAGUCACAACACUCAAAAAGCUACUCGAUGGCAAGGGUCUCGUCAAAGCACUCGGUACGAAACCUGGAAAAUGGACUGGGCCGGCUCUUGACGUGUGUAUUGCAUGGCAACUCCGCAACCCUGAUGCAACAGACCCCGCAGGUGCCAUAGAGGAAGUGCAACGCCGAAGAACAGAGCUCCAGAUACCAUAG